CGCGGCUCGCCGCCUGCCGGCGCUCCCUCCUCCGCCCGCUGCCCGAGCAGACGGCCCCAGGGGCCCGGGUAUUUUUAGAGUUGUGACCUGGGCGGCCUAAUGAAUCGGCGUCAGCGCCUCCCUCCUCCACGGCCGGCCCGGCUCCCCCACACUUCCUGGGCCCCGGCCCUGGCGCGCUCCGGGGCUUUGCGGGGUCCCCGCGCCGGCGGAGCUGACCUGGGUCCCCGAGGGGCUGAGCAGCGCGCCCAGGAUGGAGACGUUAGCUGGUCCCCAGGCCAGAGACCCUCCGCCCCUCCCCCGCCGGCCCCGGGGAUGGACUCAGGAAGGAAACUGAGCUACGGGCAGUCCCUGCGUGCCGCCCAGGGGCUGGGCUGACCCGGAGCGCCGGCGUUCUGGAAGGCUCUGGGCACCCGGGAGACCCAGGCAUGGAUCCAAAUCCCCGAGCAGCCCUGGAGCGCCAACAGCUCCGCCUUCGGGAGCGGCAGAAAUUCUUUGAGGAUAUUUUACAGCCCGAUGCAGAAUUUGUCUUUCCUCUGUCGCACCUGCAUCUCGAGUCACACCGACCCCCUAUCGGUAGUAUCUCGUCCAUGGAAGUGAACGUGGAUACGCUGGAGAAUGUGGAAUUCAUUGACCUGGCGGAUCCGGACGGAGCAGACGUGUUCUUGCCGUGUGAAGAUCCUCCACCGACCCCGCAGACAUCCGGGGUGGACGACCAUGCAGAAGGGCGGAGCCUGCCCAUGUCCACGCAAGACAGGACCACGUCCCGCACCUCCUCUUCAUCCUCCGACUCCUCCACCAACCUGCACAGCCCAAACCCCAGCGACGGCGGCGCAGACACGCCCUUGGCACAGUCCGACGAGGAGGAGGAGGACGAGGACGCUGGAGAGGCAGAACCCGGAAGCUGCAGCUAGCAGUGGGCCCCCACCGACUGUCGGCCCGAGCUGGCUCUUCUCCACUUGAGACCGUGGAGGCCCAGCCGGGCACUGUGGAAAAGAGCAGACUUCCCCCCUCCCCGCACCCCGAAGUGGGCCCCAGAGGAAGGUGGGCCGGUGGGCCUCUCUGGGAAUCGACCCUCUCCCGCUAACCUCGGCCUGCAGUAACCCUCUCAACCCGUUUCCGGCUUGUUUCCUAGGGUAGGGCUGGCAAGUGAGGAUGGGAGAUGAGGUUGGACAGGAUGCCGCUGCUUUUCUUAGCACCCCUCCCUCCCUCGCCCCCCUGCCACGUUCUCAGAGCCCCCUGAACCGUUGUGUCUGAAUGGACAUGGACUCCUCGGCGUUCCAGGGGAGAGGUACUGCAGCAUCCUGCUUCCGUAAUCCUUUAUAUUUUGGACAGGGCACGGUGUCAGUAAUAAACGGCAGUCCACCCUCGCCUCCA